UCAAAAGCAAACGAAUUUUAAUUUGUUGGUGCUCUGCUUAAGCAUCUUUGUUAAGUUUUUCAAGAAUUGUUUGAUGAUUCUUGUUUGUGUUUUUGUGGAUCAGGGUUUUAGUGUGGCGAUUGAAGACGAAGUUUCCCUAGUAAUGCUUUUGUAAGAGAGGUCACUUUGGAUUACAAAUGUUAGCUUCGAUCUCCAAAACGAGCCUAACUUGAUCAAUUAGGCAUAUCACCGUAUGCUCGUGUGAAGGCCAAAUGCAUAUAAUUCUAGAUUGUCAAGAAGCUGAUUUGAUUGUGACAACUAGUGUCAACAAUUUCAUGUGAUUGAAGCUGCUCCACUUUUGCGAUGAAUCUUCCACCCUUCAGUUUACUUGUUUCUAAUUAGGUGGUGUUGGAUAUAUGCAUCUCUCGACUCCAUGGAGCCAUCAGCAAAUCUUGAUCUGUUUUUCUAGUGGCAAUGCUUUUUGACAGCUUAGUCUUGAUGAGAGUUUCUAUUGGGUUAGAAACCUUUGAUUGAUCAUCAAGCCACUGGAAAUUUCUAGUUUUUUUGUUACUAAAGUUUCUGGAAUGGAGACUGAGGCUGUAAUCUCUAAACCUCAAUCAAGCAUCAUACACAGACUGUUUCCUGCUGUUUUACCUGUACUUUUCGUUGCAAUUACGUAUGUUGAUCCAGGAAAGUGGGUGGCGGCAGUCGAAGGUGGCGCUCGAUUUGGCUAUGACCUCAUCUUCCUGAUGUUUGUUUAUAGUUUGGCUGCUGUUCUCUGUCAAUACCUCUCGGCUUGUAUUGCUGUGGUCACUAGAAGAGAUCUUGCCCAGAUAUGCAGUUCCGAGUAUGACACAGUCACGUGUAUCUUCUUAGGGAUUCAAGCUGAACUAUCCAUGAUUGCUUUGGAUCUUUCUAUGAUUUUGGGCACUGCACAUGGACUUAACCUGAUUUUCGGCAUGGGCUUGUUUACUUGUGUCUUCUUGACUUCUCUGGAUGCUUUUCUAUUCCCUCUUUUCUCCAGUUUCUUGGAGACUGGCAAAGCAAAAUUCAUGUGUACUUGUUUGGCAACUGUUGCUUUACUUUCUUAUCUCUUUGGAGUGCUGAUGGGUCAACCAGAUACAUCACUCUCUGUGGGUAGCGGUGGUAUGCUAACAAAAUUCAGUGGGGAAAGCGUGUUCGUAUUAAUUAGUCUUCUUGGUGCAAGCAUUAUGCCUCAUAAUUUCUAUCUUCAUUCAUCUAUUGUGCAGCAAAAUCAGGGACCAGAACAGGUUUCAAAGGGAGCCUUGUGUCUUGAUCAGCUUUUCGCCAUUUCCAGCAUUUUCAGUGCCAUUUUUCUUGUAAAUUAUGUUCUGAUGAACUCAGCAGCAAAUGUUUUCUACAGUACUGGCCUAGAUUUGCUUACAUUUCAAGAUGCGCUGUCUUUAAUGGAUCAGGUAUUUAGGAGUCUGAUGGCACCGGUUGCUUUGAUACUGAUUCUGUUGCUUUCGAAUCAUACCACAGCAUUGACCUGGAAAUUUGGUGGUCAACCCGUCCUUCGUAAUUUCUUCACAAUCGACAUUUCUGGAUGGUUUCAUCACUCGGCAAUCAGAAUCAUCGCCAUUGUUCCUGCCCUCUUGUGUUCAUGGCAUUCUGGGGCCGAGGGGAUAUAUCAACUGCUAAUCUUUACUCAGAUUGUGGUGGCCCUUAUGCUUCCAUCGUCUGUCAUCCCCCUUUUCCGAAUCGCAACAUCAAGAUCAGUAAUGGGGGUGAACAAGAUUUCUCGAUUUCUCGAGUUCCUAGUCUUAAUCACGUUUAUUGGGAUGCUCGGCCUAGCAAUUAUAUUUGUGGUCGAAAUGGUAUUUGGGAACAGCGAUUGGGCGAGUAAUAUCAGAUGGAACAUCGGCAAUUGUGGAUCCAUUUCCAGUCCUUAUACCAUACUUCUUGUUACUGCAUUCCUUUCGUUCUUUCUGAUGCUUUGGCUUGUUGUGACCCCUUUGAAAUCUGCAAGUUUUCGAUCAGAUACGGUGCUGGAAUCAUCAUUGAACGAGAGAGCCGUAUACGAUAGAAUCGAAGAGUCCCGACAAAAGCAAGAAACAUGGCUCGAAGACCAUUCGGAUUCACCAAUUUUCAGUAAUGAGGUUGGUUUGCCAGAGGAACUAAUGGAAUCUGAGAAAGGGCUUCGUUUGACCACUAUCGAAGAACAUUCGUCUGAUAUCCUAAUUUCGUCACCACCAGAGGAAUCAGUAACUACGGUUUCAGGUGACGAAGCUAUAAUCGGCUUGAAGAAUGAAGAAUCUGAGUCAAUCGAAAGGACGUUAAGUAUAGACGGGAACUCACAGGUUGUCAAAGACCAGAAGAUUGAAGCUUGGCAGCCUGAAGAAUUGACCAAAGUGGUACCUGAAACAAACCAUUUGCUAACAAACGAUGGCCCAGGAUCGUAUCGGAGUCUAGGCGGGAAAAACGACGAUGUAGGGAGCGGUGCUGGAAGUUGGUCGAAAUUGGCCGGAUUGGGUCGUGCCGCAAGGCGCCAAUUAGCGGCAGUUCUUGACGAAUUUUGGGGCCAAUUGUUUGAUUUCCACGGUGAACCAACACAAGAAGCAAAGGCAAGGAAACUCGACAAGCUGCUUGGAAUUGAUUCUAAGGUAAACCCGAAGGCAUCAAAGGUGGACAACCAAAGUUUAUACGAUUCUUCAAGGCAGCAGAGUGUGCAAACUGGUAUCGACUCAACUUAUGCGGUUCACCGUAACCCGUCCGCAUUGUUGUCGAGCCAAAUGCAACUACUAGAUGCAUAUGCGCAACGUUCGAACCUCAAUGUGAUGGACCCAAGUGAGAAACGCUACCAUAGCUUGCGUCUUCAAUCGUCUUCUGGUGGUCUACGAAUCCCGCAAGCAUCUGGUGCAUAUGAUGACCAGCCAGCCACGGUUCAUGGGUAUCAGAUCAAGUCAUAUAUGAACCAAAUGGAGUCAUUAACUCCUAAAUCCCCAUCACUUGGUUCAUCAAACUACAAAGCUCCUUAUCCUUUAACGAAAGCUGCGCAAAAUGGGACGAGCCCGGCAAAGCCACCGGGGUUUCCGGAUCCUGUUGUGUCUAGGAACAGCUCAAUGCAACCCGAAAGAACACACCAUAAUCAUCCUGCUGAAGCUAUGCAUAGCACCGUUAACGAGAAGAAGUACUACAGUAUGCCUGAUAUUUCCGGGCUCUCACUUCCUCAUCGUGACGGAACUCUAGGCCGGAAAAUGCACGGGCUAUCGAUGUAUUCGGGCCCUUCAUAUAGAUCCGGGACUCCUUCCGGCUAUGCUGGUUCAUACCAGCUGAGUUCAGGAUCAGACACAUGGUCCAUUUGGUCCAGACAACCAUUCGAACAGUUUGGUGUGGCCGAAAAGGCGAAUAACAACAGUAGGUUGAGUUUAAGCACACAAGAAACUGGUUCUGGGGUUGAUUUAGAAGCAAAUCUUCUCAAAUCCUUAAGACUUUGUAUUGUGAAGCUUUUGAAGCUUGAAGGAUCAGAUUGGCUGUUUCAACAGAACAGCGGGCUCGACGAGGACCUCGUCGACCGUGUAGCCGCUAGGGAACGGUUUCUUUACGAAGUCGAGAGCAAGGAGAUGAACGGGGCGGCUCAUGCCGGUGAUUCUGGAAUGAAAAUCGAUCUCGUAACCUCGAUUCCCAAUUGUGGGGAAGGUUGUGUUUGGAGGGCUGAUCUGAUAACGAGCUUCGGCGUGUGGUGCAUACACCGGGUUCUCGAGCUUUCGCUCAUGGAAAGCCGGCCGGAGCUUUGGGGGAAAUACACUUAUGUUCUUAAUCGUCUUCAGGGGAUAAUCGAGCUAGCAUUCUCUAAACCACGGGCGGCAAUGAACCCGUGUUUCUGUCUUCAACUUCCGAGUUCAUACCACCAGCGGAGGGUGUCUCCGCCUAAAGCAGCUGCCACGUGUCUGCCGCCACCGGCAAAACAGAGCAGAGGGAAAUGCACGACGGCUGCGAGCCUGUUGGACAUAGUGAAGGAUGUGGAGAUUGCAAUCUCUUGUAGGAAAGGUCGAACAGGCACGGCGGCUGGUGACGUGGCGUUCCCCAAAGGGAAGGAGAACCUGGCCUCCGUUCUCAAGCGCUACAAGCGGCGGUUGUCGAACAAGCCAGCUGUCACUCCAGAUGGAUUAAGUGGGCCCCACAAGUCUUCUUCCUUGUCGGCAUCGUAUGGAUCGUAAUCGACCCAUAUGAUGCCAGUUUUAGAAAAGACGACGACUUUUCUUGGUCUUUUAAAAAUCAGGUAGAUCUCCUCCCUCGAUACACGUCGUCGUCGUUAUAUGAUCUGUAAAUGUUUUUACGUUGACGACAGGACAGAACAGAACGAUCUACGACGAAUUGAUGGUUGAUUUUCUUUCUUCGAUUUGAUCUUGUUUAUGAGAAAUGCCGAUAAAAAAACAAAAGUAAGGUAUCAUUGUCUUUAUAGCCAUGAUGAUUCCAUAGUUUUAGGGAAAGCUUGGUGAAAAUGAUGAUUUUGAGGUAUUUGUUUGUUGUAUGCGAUUUGAAUUUUGAUCCAAAGAUGAUGCCAUUUUAAGGGUUGUGCCAAA